GCCGGGGCUCAAGUUCGUCAAUCAUGAGACGGGGGACUUUUUCAUUGAUAAAUAAAUUGAGGCCCGUUUCGAAACGGAGAGAGUUCUCUGCAAGUCCCAGACUCCCAGUUACACCAAAACGCCAUAGAAAUGGAGGGAGAGACCUCGAGGUCGAGCAAAAUCGCAGAGGGCGUCAUACAAACCCUAAAAACCAGAGGCUGGUGUAUCGGCGACCUCGAUCAAGUAAAUGCCAUUGUCCUGGUCCAAUCAGCUUUAUCCGACGAUGGCAAAGCUUCCACAAUUGCCGAUUCCGUCGAGUCUCAACUCCUCGAUAUGGACCUUAGAUCCAUAGGCGGCAAGUCAUUGCCGGACGCCAUCUCGUUUCGCAAAGCUUCUCAUCUUCAAGGACGCAAAGUGCUUCAGAUAUCUUCCGUGAGAGACGUAGCCGUCAGUACCAUAGACGCAUUUUCAAGCUCCGGCCACCGGCGCCUGCUCAAGCUCGUUCUCACCGAUGGUCACAGCGAGAUACCCGCAAUUGAGUACUCCCACUUGCCUUCUGUUGGGAAUGAUAUCGCUCCCGGCGCCAAGGUUCGUGUGGAGAACAAAGCUACGAUUCAUAGUGGAAUAUUGUGCUUGAACCCUAAAGUGAUGACUGUGAUUGGAGGCGUUGUUCAAUCGCUUUAUGAUGAAUGGCAUAUGAACCAGAAGUACUCCGUGUUCUCGCGUUCUUCACUGCGUCCGACUGAGGAAGGCGGUGUUGCUGGCCCUCCUGCUUUUGCUAAGUUGCAAGCUGGAGCCUCCUCCAUUCGUCCUUCUUCUCAGAGAAGCAGAGUUUCUGAUUACUUUCAGGCUAUUUCAAAAAGCAGCAUGCCUGUAGCUGAAGGAUUUGUGACGAAACCUGAAGUUGGGUUAGAGAAUGUUAUAAAACAAGCAGAAAAUGUAGUUGACAAAGUGAAAACACUGGAGGCCAAGGAAAAUGCACAGUGGAGGCCUCUUCCAUAUGCAAUGGGACCAAGGGAAGGUUACUCUGCUUCUACCUCCAAGUCCACAUUCCCUUCUGCUUCUGAGGAAGUUCAAAACAUUGCAGAUAGUACCAGCACUAGCAAUCUGAAACCAGCCCCACUUGCAGCAAGUAAUGAACCAAAGGCAACCACCUCAUACAUUCGGCCAAAAGAAGUGACUGAAUCAGCACCUGUGCAAAACCAAGCUGCUGCUCAGAAGCUCCUCCAGAAGAUGGCACCUCCUAGACAAUUCGACCGGCGCUCCAGAGGCCGUGGACAAUACAGAGGAAGGGGGAGAGAUGACGAGGAAGAAUCUCAGACUUGGACGCUAGAGGAGUGGCAAAAUAGAAACAGUGGAGCUAAGCCACACACCAGAAACGAGUUCCCAGAUACCAGCAAUGACGAGGAUCUUGCAUGGCAGCUCCAAACCCAACUCGACAUGGAAGAUUCUCAUGUGCAAAGAGGACCAAAAGACGCGGUAGCAACCGACAUUAGGAUGUCCAUGUUCAACUUUAAGAGGGAUGGCAACGGCGGUCAUGGCAUGGACCGGCGGGGUGGUAGAGGAAGAGGAAGGAGAGGCAGGGGCAGUGGAAGGGGAAGAGGGAGAGGAAGACAUGGUUGAAUGUGAUGAUCAUACCUUUCUAUACCCCCUCACCUGUGAAAUGACUUGCACUUUGGCUACACGCAGCAUUCCUCUAACCAGGUGAAAAAUGAUCAAGGAGAUGAAGUUCUUAAACGUCUUGAAUGUUGCUUUACUUUUCACCAUAGCCAUAGCUUCUCACUGUCUGAUCUUAAGUUACUUAACUUGUUCAGGUCUGAAAGAUCGCUGUACAUAACCGACUAGUUUUCAGAACCCUCUUUAUCAUGUACGCCAAUACUAACUGGUUCGUCAAUCGUCACUCCCACUCAUGUCUUGUUAAACUUCUUUUUUUUUUUUUUAAUAUAUAUAUAUAUAUUCUUCGUACUGAUAUAGUGGUUAGGCUCACGAAUUCGGCUACUGUCACGUUUAUCGUUGGAUCGGACAUCUUGUGAUGCACAACCAUAAAUGUGGAUCUAAUGCUGGGAUGCACGAUCCAAUGGUGUAAUGACAAUUGUUUUUAUGUAAUUUCCACAAGAUUACGCUGAUUGAGUAGAUUACGAUAACCAUAAAAAUUAAGAAAACGUAUUUGAUUUUUCAGAAGAAAAUUGAUAAAAACGUGAGGUUAUU